AUGUCACUUGUUGAAAAGUUUCCUGUUCGGUCAACCAGUAAUCAGCAAGAGUCAAUGACCGUAGAUGGCCAAAAAUCAAUUGGGAGCAGCAUGACAUCCAUUGGAGCAAAAUAUGAUUCAGAUGGAAACCGAUAUUUUGUCACAGAAGUACCUGAACCAGAUAUGAACCAUGGGCCCAACGAUUUACUAGCAGAAAAUGUUACAUGGUUGCUUCAAGAAGAGGUGCAAAGACAGGAUGGUAUUGUGAGAUCAGGACCUGAAAUAGAUAUCAAUCUUGUGCCUCAAAAUUUACCACCUGAACAGCCUAUAUGCUUGCCUCUUGAAGUGGUGCAAAGACAGCCUCAAAAUUCACUAGCUGAACAGCCUAUAUGCUUGCCUCUUGAAGUGACCCAAAGACGGCCUCAAAAUGUACCAGCUGAUCAGUCUACGUGCUUGCCUCGUGAAGUCGUGCAAGGACAAAGCGGGAAAGAAGCUUGUGAUGAAACUGGAAAAAAGAACAGAAGCCAGAAUGGGAAAGCAGCUUCUAAGGAGACUAAAAAGACCACUCCAAGAGGGAAGAAUAAAAUUGUUAAAGAUAUAGUACUUAGAAAAAGGAACUGGGAGAGUUUAGGAAAGAUCUAUUCAAGACCAAGAAGCAAGGAUCAAAUGGAUUCGGUGGAUUGGGAGGCAGUUAGACAAGCAGAAACUAGUGAAGUUGCUCGCAUCAUCGAAGCUCGCGGUCAGCAAACUAUUAUUGCAGGAAGAAUCAAGGAAUUUCUGGAUCGAGUUGUUGACAUGCAUAAAAGCAUAGAUCUGGAAUGGCUACGAUAUGCUCCACCUGAUGAUGUGAAGGAUUACUUGUUGGAGUUCAUGGGAUUAGGCUUGAAAAGCGUGGAAUGUAUACGACUUUUGUCUCUUCAACAGGUUGCCUUUCCGGUUGAUAUAAAUGUCGCCCGGAUAGCAGUUCGUUUAGGAUGGGUCCCCCUGAAACCACUCCCUGGAAGCCUUCAGUUCCACCUUAUAGAAGAGUUCCCGAUAUUGGAUAACAUUCAGAAAUACCUCUGGCCCCGACUAUGCGUGCUUGACCAUAGAACGCUCUAUGAGCUACACUAUCACAUGAUAACCUUUGGAAAGGUUUUCUGCACAAAGAGAAAUCCAAAGUGCCAUGCUUGUCCAAUGAAAGCAGAAUGCAAACACUAUGCAAGCGCACAAGCAAGUGCUGCCAAUCUUUCCCUACCAGGACCGUCAGGGAAAAGUGAGGACAAAUCAAUUGUUACCUGCAAGCCUAGUGGAAAUUCUAGUUCACUUGGAAACAAUCGUGUCAUUACAAAUCCAAUGUCAGUUACCCUUUUAGAUGGCAACAAGAGUACAGAAUCUGGUCCAAAUGUUCACACUUGCGAACCCAUAGUUGAGGAGCCAAAAUCGCCGCAACAAGAGGACCUUGAAGAUUUUUCAUGGGAUGAAUGUAUUGAAGAUGAAGAUGAAGAAAUUCCCACUAUCAAACUCAAUCGUGAAGAGUUCAACCCAAAUGGGCAAAAGACUUCAUACACCAAGUUUAUAUCGCAAGCUUUAGUUUCUGUGGGGACUACUCCAUUGUCAGCACCUAAAAUGAAGCAUAUGACCUCUUUGCGGACUGAACAUCAAGUGUAUGAACUUCCAGAUAGUCACGAGCUUCUGGUUGGGCUAGAAAGAAGAGAAAGGGAUGAUUCAGUACCUUACCUUCUCGCUAUAUGGCAACCAGGUGAAACUCCAAAUUCAAGCCAGCAACCUGAGAAAUUAUGCAACUCGCAAGGAUCACAACUCUGUGAUCAGAAAACAUGUUUUGCUUGUCAAGGUAUUCAAGAACAGCAAGCUGGUACGGUUCGUGGAACAAUUCUGAUACCAUGCAGGACAGCUAUGAAAGGAAACUUUCCACUCAAUGGCACAUAUUUUCAAGUUAAUGAGGUAUUUGCUGAUCACAAAUCUAGUCAUGACCCGAUUGUUGUUAACAGAGAAUUGCUAUGGAACCUACCAAAGAGGACUUUAUAUGUGGGGACAUCAACAUCAUCAAUAUUUAGAGGUUUGUCAUUACAUGAGAUUCACCAAAAUUUUUGGUCAGGUUUUAUUUGUGUGAGAGCAUUCGAGCGGGGAACAGGUGCUCCAAAACCUCUUGUAAAGAGAUUCCACUGUUCACCAAGCAAAAUGGAGAAGAAAGGAAGGAAAAAAACAGGUUCUGUAAGAGAUGAUGCUAAAGCCAUCACGCUAAAGGGCGCUUCGUAG